AUGGGUUCACUUGGCCAGGAGUCUGACAUUCCUGUCAUGUCUAAACGAAUUGUUGUUUGCUGUGAUGGCACCUGGCAAUCAUCCGUGUCGGGUCUCAAGAACGUUCCUUCGAAUGUAACGCGUUUAGCCCGCUCUAUUGCCCGCAGUGCCAGGGAUGUGGAUGGUAAGAUUUGGCAACAGAUCGUGCACUAUGAUGCCGGCAUAGGCACGGGCGAUAUUAGCAAAGAAGAGAAAGACCGACAAGGCGGAUUCGGUAUUGGCUUCAUUGGCAAUGUCAUCGAGGCAUACAACUUUAUUGUUCUCAACUACUCGAAGGGAGACCAAAUUUUCUGCUUUGGCUUCUCCAGAGGCGCUUACACAGCUCGAGCAGUAGCUGGUCUUGUCAACGACAUAGGUGUCAUCUCACCGAGAGAUCUUCAAGAUUUCCCAGAUCUCUAUAGACUCUACCAGGAAAACAAAGACAGUCAUGGUUUUAGGAAGUCUAGGCACUACCGCGAAUGGGUCAACGGUGCCCUUUCCGACGCAGAUUCUGUCGCCAGCCCUGUUUCUCCCCAGACGCCACGGUAUGGCAAAUCCUACCAUGCCGACGCACCGGAGGAUUCGAGAGUCGUUCAAGUCGUAGGUGUGUUUGAUACUGUUGGGAGUCUGGGAGUACCUGAUCUACCAUGGACCGUACCUCAUCUAAACUGGCUGGAGAAGUUCCUCGGGAUUCCGGAUGCCGGGUUUCACAACGUCGCACUCAGCCCAUAUAUUCGCCAUGCUUUCCAUGCGCUGGCUCUCGACGAGCAUCGAUCACCAUUCUCUCCAACUCUGUGGCACUUUCCGCCCGACGGAGACCUCUCGACGAAGAAGCCACGAAAGUCUCAUGAUGAGCUUCAUGAAGACUGGAAGAGGAUAGAGCAUGACCCAGAGGCGACCCAGAAACAGAUUGAAGCUACGUGGGGAGAACUGAUUGACUCUGAGAUGUACGAGGCACUGAAGGGUACCGAUUCGGAGCUACUCCAGGUUUGGUUUCCAGGCUACCACAUCAACAUUGGCGGAGGUAGUGAUGACCCUCUAGAUGAGAGGGAGGGCGACUUUGAACAAAUUGCGCUCAUCACGUUCGCGUGGAUGUGCGAGCAAAUAUCCCCAUACAUCCAGCUCGACAAGGACAUAUUCAACUUGGCCAAAAACUCGCUUCAAGACCGAUACGACCUAAUCGCAUGCCCCUUAGAGCCGCUUCCCCCGACCAUGCUGCCAAAAGGUGGCAAUGAUAUUGGACACUGGCUCAAGAAGAGAGCGUCGAGCUUUCUCGUAAAGAAUGGGCUCAAGGAUAGUCACAAAACUGUAUCAGAACAGGUUCAGUUCGGCUGGGCCACUGGGCCCAUCGAGGAUAGCUUCAGCGGCGCUAUGGUCUUAGCUGGCUCGAGGACCCGGACACCCGGACGAUAUAACGAAAGAAAUUUUGACGGAGUCAGGAUUGGAAAGACCUACGAAAUGAUCCACCCGACCGUAUGGUACCGCCAAGAGAGGAGGCCUGACUAUCUGCCAGAGGCCCUCAAAGGAUUCAAGCGCCAACAAGCCAGCACCAAAGGCUUCGAGUGGAGAAAUGGAAGCACUGCAAUACCGGAAUAUCUCAUCAAACCGAAUGAUUUCUUCACGAGGUACAUUGCUGCUCACAACGAUUUGGAAGGCGAGGCCAAUGCUUUUGAGUUCAUCCGUAGUAUUGACAAGGUCGUUGGAGAGCAACCAAUAUAG